CGACGCUCUUCUCAGCCAAGCUGCAUUAUACACGUCUGCAAAGAAAUCAACGAUCAAUAGUCAACUCCUAACUCUAUCAUCAGACGAUGCCGAACACGACGACAAUUCGAGUGCUUGCUCUGGACAUCUACGGAACGAUACUGAACACGAGUAGCAUCACCUCGGGCAUCAAGCAGCAUGUGGAUAUUUCAGCUGAGAAAGCCGGUCAGUUGAGUCAAUUAUGGAGACGGUACCAACUCGAAUACACGUGGAGGCUCAAUUCCAUGGGCCUAUAUGAACCAUUCGAUGUCGUGACGAGAAACAGCCUGAAACAUGCUGCGGCCGAGCUGCAAGUGAAACUCAGCGACGAUAACAUUGCCGCUCUCAUGGACGCCUAUAACCAACUUGUUCCGUUUGAGGAUGCUGUGCCUGCGCUCACAGAGCUGAAGAGGAUCCCUGUCGUGGAGCUCAUCAUAUUCAGCAACGGUACGACAGAGAUGGUGUCCACCGCGCUCCAUUCUUCACUCCCCGAGUCACUUCUCCCGAUCCCUCUCCAUCUCGUUGACUCAGUCAAGAUGUAUAAACCCGCUUCAGUCGUCUACCAGAGCCUCCUGGAGCGCGUCCGAGAGGCGCCCGAGACCAAGCGCGAUGCUCCCGAUGUCUGGCUCGUCAGUGGGAAUCCCUUUGACGUGACUGGAGCGCGUGCUGCAGGUCUCGGGGCGUUCUGGGUCGACAGAUCCGGGAAGGGUUGGACUGAUCAGCUCCCGCUGCCAGAGAACAUCGGCCCAAUGCGAAUCGUACGCGAUCUGGGCGAAGUCGUUGAGAUUGUACGCGCCUCACAGUAGACGUUGGAUGCUGGCGAGGUCACGUGCAAAACAUGUCCUGUCAUCUUGAGGAACUUUCGAA